UUGUUUUGUUUUCCAGCUGGUUUGGGCGAAUUCCGCAUCCGGGACCUCAACGACGAGAUUAACAAGCUGCUCAGGGAGAAGGGACACUGGGAGGUCCGGAUAAAGGAGCUGGGUGGACCGGAUUACGGAAAAGUCGGCCCCAAAAUGCUGGACCACGAAGGCAAAGAAGUUCCAGGAAACCGAGGCUACAAGUACUUCGGAGCAGCCAAAGAUUUACCCGGUGUCAGAGAGUUAUUUGAGAAAGAACCUCUUCCCCCUCCCAGAAAGACCCGGGCCGAGCUCAUGAAGGCCAUCGACUUCGAGUACUACGGCUACCUGGACGAGGACGACGGGGUCAUUGUCCCUCUGGAGCAGGAAUACGAGAAGAAACUGCGGGUGCGGCUGGCGGACAGGUGGAGGUCGGAGCGGGAGGCCCGGCUGGCCCGAGGCGAGAAGGAGGAGGAGGAGGAGGAGGAAGAGGAGGCGAACAUCUACGCGGUCACCGAGGAGGAGGUAUGGGGGUGCGCGGCCCGUGGGGACCCCUCAAUGCCGGGGAGGUGGAGGGCUCAGACUCGGGGGAUCGAGGAGGCCCUGGUUCGCAGGAAGAAGAUGGAACUCCUGCACAAGUACGCCAGCGAGACCCUCCAGGCCCAGAGCGAGGAAGCCAGGAGACUGCUGGGCUACUGA